AUGUUAACGAAGAAAAUAAUAUGGUUCACAGGGCAAAAUGAAGAAGAGAAAAAUAAUACUAAUUUUAAUUAUAAAGAGAGAACAAGUUAAAAGAAAUCAUAUAUUAUCUGGGUUAUUAAGGUUUGGUAAGAACUGCUGUUAUUGUUAAAUGCAGAAGUGAGCAACCUCAUGAUUGAAAUUAGAUUAUCAGAAUCAUAUAAUUCAAAAUUUCUAUUUAGUGAACAAAUCUACUGUUAGAUUAAUCUUAUAGAGUGUAAAUUUAUACUUUAAAGUCAUUAUGAAGUUUAUUAUGAAACAAUGUAUAAAGAGAAUAAGGUGAUUUACAAAGAAACUUAAUUAUGA